AUCAAACAGCCACAAUUUCUACCUUAUUAAAAAAAAUUGAUAAAACAAGAUGAGUGAUAAGCAAAAAAAAGUGAGUUGCCUUUCUUGAACACCUCUACUACUACUGCUAUUUAGACUGAAUCUACUUUCAGUGAAUUUCUGGACAAAGAAGAGGUAUUAAAAAGUGUGUUUUGUGUUGUUAUUGCCAUGGAAAGGGAUAUUGAAAAAUACCUGAUGGAUAAACUCAAAAAAGGCCUCGAGGGGAAAGAGAGCAAUAACAGUUCCAAAAUCCCAAUGCUCACCAAAUUCCGAGAAAUACACAGUUUGCUUGAAAAACUUCUCGACCCCAACUCAGCCCAACCGGUGAAACAAUUGGGUCAGCCUUCGUUCAAGGAAAAGCUUUACAGCCUCGACGAUUUGUUGACCGAAUGCCAGAAUAUGUCCACCAAAAAACGCAGCUUUCACUUUCCCGACAUCAGCAUCAAGAGCAAGCUAAACAAAAUUAAGGCAGAACUCCGUUCUGCACUACCUCAACCCGAGAAAGUGAAUACUCUAUCUAACGGGGACGCAAAUUCAUGGCGGAAAGAUGAUAUUUCCCAGCGACGAACCACUCCCACUAUGUAUCGCUCAGUCGACCCGAAAAAAAUUCAUGGGUUCGAAGAACACUUGGAGACGCUGAAGAGGUUGGUUCUCCGGCAAAAAAGUGACGAAGACGACGGAUUCAAGGCGAUCGCCAUUGUCGGAGCAGAAGGGAUCGGGAAAACGUCACUCUGCGCAAUCGUUUUCGACGACGAAGAGGUGAAGAAGAGGUUCUUACCGAGGGUUUGGGUCACAAUGCCCAGACCGUCGGAUGAAGAUUACAGAAAGAGCCCCGAAAUAGCGAUAGCGACACGGAUCUUGGCCUCGCUUGGAGUCGAAGAAGAGGCGAGGGAGCUGAUGCAAAGGAAUGACGACCUGAAUAAGCUCGUCUGCGCUCUUCACCAAGAAUUGGCGAGCAAGAGGUACCUGAUCGUGUUGGACCAGUGGUACGGACAUGUGAGCUCGAGUGAUGAUAGUGCUGACCUAAAGAAAGGGGAGUGUUUGGAACAUUGGUUUCCGAAAGGUUGUGGAGGAACAGUGAUAGUCACAAGCAGGAACGAACGAGUGGCCAAACAGAUGUUUGGGGAUGAGGAUAGAACUGUUAUACCGAUUUUACCCCUUAGGGGUGCUGAUAUGUGCUGGGCUAUAUUCAAGCAAGAGGUGGAGAAGCAAGAGGUGGAGAAAGAUGAGCUCUCCUUCAAUCCUCCAAACGGAGAAGAAUUGAAACAACAAGUUUUAGAAAAAUGUGGGGGGAUUCCUUAUAGGGCCAAAGUAUUGGAGAUUUGGCGUUUGAAGGCUACUGUUUAGUUGAAGUUUGCUUAUAUAAUAUUUGUGAAAAGAAUAGAACAAGAAGCUUUCAUAGCUCAGUUGGUUAGAGCACCCGCUUAGUGAGCGGAAGGUCUUGAGUACAACUCUCAAUGCAGUCCAUAAACAAAGAUCAAUUUCUUCAAAUGUUUGAGAUUGAUUAUUACUGAUAGUAAUCUCGAAAUCUUAUGUAGAAAUUGCAUCUGCUUGUGGAAACGUUUCUUCAAGUGGGUGUGCCAGUAAUUUUUCACUUCGUUGUCUGUUCUACCAGGUAGUUUUGCUGCUAUAUCAUGAAAUUAUAUAUAUAUAUCCUAAUAUAUAUAUUGAAUUUAUUAGUACACAGUGUUAAGAAAUGAAGUCUACACAAUUGCUCCCCUGCACCUCAGUACAGAGAACACCAGCAACCUUUUGCAAACGUGCACCUCAGGAGUAUAGGAAUAUUCCCAAUUCUGUUACAUAGUUUUCUGUGUAGUAAUCAUUGCAAUUGUAUAAUCAAUUCUAUUAUUGGUCAUCCUAGUAUGUACUGCCAUCUGUUGAUAUCACAGUGGCUAGACUCUUGUAACAAUUACUAUAUAUUCAAUGCAUUACACCAGCCUCUCUUUGAGCUGAGUUUUUACAAAAUACAAA